GCGAGGCGGAGACGCGGAAGGAGGGGCGGUGGCCACUGAGUGCGGGCUCCGCCGGCCGGGCUGGACGGGUGUCUGGCCCUUUAAGGUCCGCCCCGAGGAGGUGCCAGGCCCUGGUGGCGCCGGACUCUCCUUCCUGGUCCUGCGGGGCAGGGACCGUCCGCGGGGCGACGAGGGAGGGCGCCGCGCCCUACCGGCCCAGGGCCCCCGGCCUGACCCCAUGGCCCUGGUCACAGUAAGCCGCUCGCCCCCGGCCAGCGGCCACUCCACGCCUGUGGGGCCCACGCAGGACCAGGUGUCCCAGCGCAGAAGCCGGCUCCAGCGAAGGCAGAGCUUUGCAGUACUCCGAGGGGCUGUCCUGGGACUGCAGGAUGGAGGGGAUGAUGGAGAUGCCUCCAGGCCCAGCCCAGAGCCAGCGGAGGAGCCCCCCGGGGAAGGGCAGCCCCACAGGGACCAGACAGACAAUGGGCACGGGCCCCUGAGUCCCGGUAGGCAGGAGCAGAGUCAGCACCUGCGCCUCAUGGUGGAGCUGCUGAGGCCACAGGAUGACAUCCGCCUGGCAGCCCAGCUGGAGGCGGCUCGGGCCCCCCGGCUCCGCUACCUGCUGGUCGUUUCCACCAGAGAAGGCCUGAGCCGGGAUGAGACGGUCCUUCUGGGCGUGGACUUCCCUGACAGCAGCUCCCCCAGCUGCACCCUCGGCCUGGUUCUGCCUCUCUGGAGUGACACCCAGGUGUACCUAGAUGGAGACGGGGGCUUCAGCGUGACGUCCGGCGGGCAGAGUCGGAUCUUCAAGCCUGUCUCCAUUCAGACCAUGUGGGCCACGCUCCAGGUGUUGCACCAGGCAUGUGAGGCGGCUCUCAGCAGUGGUCUUGUGCCAGGGGGCAGUGCCCUCGCCUGGGCCAGCUACUACCAGGACAGACUGAGCUCUGACCAGAGCUGUCUUAAUGAGUGGAUGGCCAUGGCUGACCUGGAGUCUCUGCGGCCUCCCUGCGUGGAGCCCAGCCGGCCCUCAGAGCAGGAGCAGAUGGAGCAGGCGAUCCGGGCUGAGCUGUGGGAGGUGCUGGACACCAGCGACCUGGACAACGUCACUUCCAAAGAGAUCCGCCAGGCCCUGGAGCUGCGUCUGGGAUGCCCUCUCCAGCAGUACCGCGACUUCAUCGACAACCAGAUGCUGCUGCUCAUGGCCCAGCAAGACCGGGCGUCCCGCAUCUUCCCCCACCUCUACCUGGGCUCAGAGUGGAACGCAGCGAACCUGGAGGAGCUGCAGAGAAACAGGGUGAGCCACAUCUUGAACAUGGCCCGUGAGAUCGACAACUUCUACCCUGAGCGCUUCACCUACCACAACGUGCGCCUCUGGGACGAGGAGUCGGCCCAGCUGCUGCCCCACUGGAAGGAGACCCACCACUUCGUGGAGGCUGCCAGGGCGCAGGGCACCCGUGUGCUCGUCCACUGCAAGAUGGGCGUCAGUCGCUCAGCUGCCACAGUGAUCGCCUAUGCCAUGAAGCAGUACGGCUGGAGCCUGGAGCAGGCUCUGCGCCACGUGCAGGAGCUCCGGCCCAUCGCCCGCCCCAACCCCGGCUUCCUGCGCCAGCUGCAGACCUACCAGGGCAUCCUGACUGCUAGCCGGCAGAGCCACGUCUGGGAGCAGAAAGCGGGUGGGGCCUCCCCAGAGGAGCCCCUGGCCCCCGAGGUCUCUACACCGUUCCCACCUCUUCAGCCAGAACCGGGGGGCAGUGGGGAGCUGAGUGUCAUGGGGUCAGAGGACAGCCAGGCAGCCCCAAAAGAAGCGCCUGGGUCACGGCCCCGUAUCAACCUCCGCGGGGUCAUGAGAUCCAUCAGCCUCCUGGAGCCGCCCUCCGAGCUGGACAGCCCCUCCGGUGAUACUGACCUGCCAGAGGUUUUCUCUUCAAAAGAAUCUUCAGAUGAGGACCCUCCCCAGCCCUUCCCUCAGCCCUCAAGCGCCAAGGGAGGCCAGCAGGUCCGCAGGGGGCCUUGGCCUGCCCUGAAGUCCCGCCAGUCUGUGGCGGCCCUCAACAGCGCCGCCCUGGUGGCCAGCCGGACCCGGGCCUUCCAGGAGCAGGGGGAGGCCGGCUGUGCGUCCACACCCAGGCACCAGAAGAUUGUGAGGCAGGCCAGCGUGGACAGCAGUGGGGAGGAGGGCGAGGCGUGAGCCCCCACGCGUGCCCCUGCCCCCGUAGACACAAGCAGAGGCGCCCGAGCACAGCUCCCGGGGCGAGCGCCCCUCAGUCCUGUCUGUUCACAGUCCUCUCAGGAGGAGGCCGCAGGCUUCUGUCACUACAGCCUCAGUGCCUACAGCCUUAAGUCUCCGACCCACGUCCACCUCUCCAAGGGCUCAAGACUUUCUCCAUAUUUGGGGAUGUGAUAGAGACUGAAGGUGCCUUGCGGGCAACAGUACCCUAGCUUCAUUCGCAAGUGCUACCUGAAACACACACUUGAAGCCACAGAUGUAAAAAACAGUUUCCUGGUCAGAAAGGCUCAGGCUCCCUCCCUGUCCCACUCCCGUCUGCCUCAUCCCCCAAGCCCCGCCAUUUCAUUCCUGCGGCCCUCCAGAGAACCAUGGGCCCCCCCGCAAAGGCCGAGAGUAAACUCGGUCCUCAGUGCCAGACCCCUCCGAUGGGGCUGGCGGUCGGCCUGCCUCGGGCGCCCUGCGAGCAGCCUGAGUCUGCUGCGGCCCCAGCGCCCUCACCAGCACUGCAUGGAGCCCCGGGCACCAGGCCAAAGAGAGCCUUCUUUGUGCUUCACAGCCUCUGGCCAGUUUUUCAUAGUCUUAAUAGUAUCUCGCUUUGUACUCAGAAAUAAAAAACAUUUUCAUACCA